AUGGCAGCCUUUGCCAAAGCUUCCUUCGGCCACGCUUCCUACGCAGCCUUCCGCCCAACGUACCCUUCCAGCCUCUACGACAAAGUCUUCUCCUACCACCGCGGUCCCACAAAGCUAUGCCUCGACCUAGGCUGUGGCCCGGGUAUAGCUACCCGAGAACUGUCCAAACGCUUCGAAAGAGUUAUCGGUACCGACCCUUCCGCAGGCAUGGUCAAGCAAGCACAAGAGGGAACACCUGAAGAGCAGUAUUCGAACGUUGAGUUCCGUCAAGGAUCUGGCGAGAGCACGUCGUUCCUCAAAGACGAGGAGGUAGAUUGUGUGGUAGCUGCACAGGCCGCGCACUGGUUCGACUAUGCUAGACUGUGGCCCGAGAUGAAGAGGCUUGUGAGGAAGGGCGGAACAGUCGCGUUCUGGGGCUAUAAGGAUCAUGUCUUCGUCGACUAUCCCUACGCUAGCAAAGUCAUGAUGGAAUCUGCCUACUCUACACAUCCCGACAAACUUGGUUCCUACUGGCCGCAGCCUGGUAGGACAUACCUCCAAGAGCAGCUACACGUGAUUCAGCCUCCUGCUGAGGAGUGGGAAGAUGUACAGAGGGUUGAGUACGAACCUGGCAGGGAGGGCAGGCAUAGUGGAGAGGGCACGCUGUUCAUGGAAAAGACCACCACUGUGAGCCAAUGCAAGGAGUAUGUAAGGACUUGGAGCUCGUACCAUGGAUGGAAGGAGACGCAUCCGGGGCAGGAGGCACGGGCGAAGGGCGGGAAGGGGGACAUUAUGGAUCAGAUGUUCGAUGAGAUUGCGGAAAAGGAUGAGCAAUUCCGGGAUGAUGGGAAUGAGGUUGAUAUUGAGUGGGGUUCUGCUAUCGUCAUGGCAAAGAGGAAGUCACACGCAUGA